CCCCCCCCCUGACCCCACCCCCCCACACACACGCAAACACACACAAACUCAGUCACAUGGAGGAACAGAGGGACACACGGGUAGAGAACCUCUCCUCAUUAACUAAUGAGUGGCAACACACAUAUCGGCGCCGCUUAUCUUCAUAUCUCACUCCUGUCAUCUCUCAUUGAUGAAGUGAAGCGUGCUUGCUGGUGGCUCCUCUUUCCUCUCCUGACACCAAAGCAUGGAGGCUGUGGCACUCUUCUCCUUCGCCGCAUCCGAAGCGGACGAGCUCAGCUUCCAGAAAGGGGACGUCGUCAAGGUGACCGAAAUGGAGGAGGAUUCUUGCUGGUUCGCGGGAGAGAUCGGAGGGAAAAGAGGCUACGUGCCGGAGAACUACAUUUCUCUUCUGCCUCAUCCGUGGUUCGCAGGCCGGGUUUCGAGAUUGGAGGCGGAGCGCCGGCUGCACUGGAGGGACAGCGGCAUGUUUGUGGUCAGGGAGAGUGAGUCAGCUCCUGGAGAGUUCUCCCUCUCCGUUAGCUAUGGUGACAGGGUGGAGCAUUUCCGAGUGCUGGAGGGGGGCGGUCAGUACUGCAUCUGGGACGAGUCCUUCAGUUCCCUUAACCGGCUGGUGGACUUCUACAGGACUCACAGCAUCGCUAUGGAGAAGGUGGUCUGCCUCCGAGACCCUCCCUCGGACAUGUCCCACCGCCAGAGCUCCCACACUGGCCGUAACCCUUAUCCCAACCCGUACAAGAGCGCCUCUCUGGAGUCCCUUCCUUCGGCUCGCCUCCAUGGCCCUCAUCCCUUGAGAGAGUCGUCCUCCAUGCAGCUGCUGGAACAGGUUUUGGGGAAACCUCGGCUGGGUCAUGCCCUGUGCGACUACUUCCCGCCGCACACCACCCACCUGCACUUCCUGCGAGGUGACCUCAUCGACCUGCUGGACUGCUCCAGUUCAAGGUGCUGGAGGGGCCGCUGUCGCGGACGGGUCGGGGUCUUUCCGCCGCAAUACGUCCAGCCGUUGUACCACUGACAAAAACAUAUAUCAGUAAUUGGCCACUAAGCUGUGUCAGCAUUUGAAUUUUAUCUCACAAACAGAUUUGAUGUCACUUCACUUUCUAUACAAAUCACCUAAACUUUAAUCAUUGUCAUGCAAUUUCAAUUUUCCGGCAAAACAAAUCUCAACAUUUGCACGUUUCAACUUCUUAAAUGAUGGUUUAUAAUGACCAAGUCACACAAUAUCCGUAAAUAUCAUGUAUAUCUGUUUUUCUCCUACAACCCUUUAUCAAGCUUGUACUAGAAAUAUAAUACAUAUUUUACUAUUGUUGUAUUGAUACCGCUCCUGCAAAUGUCAGAGAAGCUGAAUAAAGUUCAUAUAAAUAAAUACUAAACAAAAUAAUAAUAA